UGAAAACUUUUUCACUCUUGACAGCGCAAAUCGAGAAUCGGGCAGUGCAAAACGAAAAACUUUUACCACAUUUUUCGUUUGUAGUUUUUGUUCAUUUUUGCGAGCCAGGCAACAAAAAAUGUUGUGGAAAUCGGUGAUUGCAUUGUGCGUCAUUGGAGUCGCCUUGGCCGAGCAGACGCCCGUUUUUCUAUGGGGUGCCAACAGUAUAACGAAGCCAUCGCUGCGCACGGUGCCUCAGUCUGAAUUUCAAGAGCAGCUAGCGACUUUGCUCAAAGAUCACAUGGUUGUGGCCUUCGAGGAAAAUGGCCUAAGCAACAAGGAUUUCCUGUGCUCCACCAGCGAUGCCCAAUCCUGUUAUGCACGUCUACAAAGCGUUAGCCCCAAGACUUAUUACACAAGCGUUGAGAAUCCAGCUGAGGCAUUGCGUGCAGCUGCCCAAAAGCGUCAGCACAACAGCGUCGAUGCCAAUGGUCAGCUGGUGCAUCCAGUUGAAUGCGAAGCAGGCACCGCACAUUUCGUUUCCUUUGAGGAUGUGGAAGAGACACGUGCCGCUACACUUCAGUCACAUGACUCCGCCAUAGCUGCUAUCAGCCAGCAACUGAACUGUAAGGUAGCUUAUCUGUAUUUCGCGGCACCUGCUACAGCGCCCGUUGUCCAGCGUCGCGUACGUCGUUGGACGGCAGCGGAGACAACUAACAAUAGAUUUUACGAAGGCAACCAAUUUGCCAUUAGUUUCAUCGAUGUUAAGUACUAUAACCAGGCAGCGGGUUCAACGACACCAAUAAAUGUCGUGAGCAUCAAAAUUACCAAUGCCACCAGCACUCAGUUCUCCGUUGCGCUGAAAACCGAUACCUCAAACGAUAUCACCUUUGAUGUUUCCUAUAGCACCGUGGAUGACUAUUAUACAGUGAGCAAUGCAGCCUAUGGCACCGAUACAUUCCGUACACCUGGAGUUAGUGCGCCGCCAACUUUCUCAUACACCUGCGGCAAUACGACCUGGUAUACGCCAGUCAAUAAGGAGAAUCAAAUUAAUUCGCUGACAUGGACCUCACUCCAGCUGCAGGCGCCAUUCAGUGACAAAAUGCAGUCCGAUUUUCCAUUCGGUGAUUCUUGGGAUUGUGUGGGCUUUGUAACACCCGGCAUUUUGAUGGGCCUGUUCGUCAUUGUCAUUUUGCUGGUCAUUGUCUUCCUGGGUAUGUGCUGGAUGAUGGAUAUCAAGACCAUGGAUCGUUUCGAUGAUCCCAAGGGCAAGACCAUUACGAUCAAUGCCAGCGCCGAUUAGACGCUAUCACCUGCUAGCUUCACAUUUGUUUUUUCUCCUCUUAUUGUUUUCUUUUUGUGCAUAUAUAGUAGAGAUAUCCGAUAUCCGAUAUAUUCAAUAUUCAUUCCUACCUUCACAUAAUAACUAUAAUCACUACAAUACUUAAAUAACAAAGAAACAAAAAAAGGCAGGAAAUUAGCGCUCACAAUUUAUAAAUCAUACAAUGUACAAAUUUAUGCCCGCAAAGUUGAGGAGCAGCCAGGUGGGAGUCACAUUCAGCAUCAAAAUAGAAGAAGAAACCAUAACAUGUGCACCUGCCACAACUGCCUCU